AUGGCUGGCAGCAAGAGGAAGAGAGUCCUCGAGGACUUCGAUCCCAAUAAAUCGGAUUCGGAAGAUGAAAACUUCGACCCGAUAGAGGCACGACCCAGCCGAAGCUCCAAGAAAACUCGCCAGUCUAGAAAUGGGAAACCAGGACAGAAGAGGACCAACCGCUAUCGCGGCUCUGACAUUGACGACGACGAAGACGAGUUAUCCGAUAGCGAAGAAGGCUCUUUUGAUGAGGGCACUGAAGAAUCGGAUGAAGAAGCGCCUAGGAAUGCGGCUGGGCGGCGGGCCAGGAAAGUGGCAGUCAAACAGCAAAAUUACAAGGAGAGCAGCGAAGACGACGACGAGGACAUUGAGGAGAAAGAAGAGGAAGAGGAUCCCGAUGAGUUAGACGAUGUUCCCCUCAAGCCUACGAAGCGAGAAACCUCAAGGCUGGUCAAGCUCAAGGUUUCUCGUACAGCCUUGGCCCAGACGCGUAGGACUCGAGGAAACACCGAAGAUGCUGAAGAGUUCAUGGAGCUAUCCACUUCGGGCCGGCACGCCGUUCCAUCCCGGGAAUCACAAAGUAGAAGCCCCGAGGCGGCUGCACGAAAUAUCAGGGCCACCCGCGCUGCCAAGGGGGUGAAGAAAGCCCCCGAGCCAAUUUUGGAGGCUUCCCAUGAGAGUAGCUUCCCGGAGAAGGCGGACGCCGAUGAACCCGAUGAGCUCUCGCAAUAUUCACCAAAUCGUGAGAAGCAGGAAGAAAUUGACUCUGAUAUGCCGGAUGCUGUUAAGGAGGCCAACGAGGACGAAGAGGCCCCAGCGGACGAUUCCGCCGCAGUGAAGCAAGACGUGGCCGAUGAUGACGACGAUGACGAUGACGUACCUACUACUCGGAGGACCAGAAGCUCUCGAGUUACUGCUGGGGCUUCUACAGAGGAAGCCGUCGAAACCACCGAGGCCGUUGACGCUGAAGCUGCGGCCGAGGAAGGGUCGGACGCCGGUGGUGCUCGCCGCUCUCGCCGACUAGCGAGAGGCACCAAGAAAUCCACUCAGGAGCCUAGUAGCGAUUUUGAGCCUGGUGAUGAUUCUGAUGACGCCGAAGAGAAGCAGGGGAAUCUAGACGAUGUUAUGGACAGCCCAACGCCUCGAGGGAGACAGACCCGAUCCCGCGGCCGUACCUCUCGCCGCCGAAACUCUUCCGCUGAUGAGGAGCCUGAUUUCGACUUGGAUGAGCUCAACGAAGAAGCCCGCGAGCUGAGACGCUCAUCUAGGCCUCAUAGAAAGGCCCGGACAGAGUCUCCCAUUGUGUACCAGGAAGGCUCCCGUAGGCGAAAUAAGGUUAACUAUUACAUGCCUCCCUUGACUGCAGCCAACAUCGAAGAAGAAGCAGAAGAUCCUGCACCUACUCCGGCCCGCAAUCGUAGACGAGGCGGCGGCGGCGUUGGCUGGGACAGGAAUCUCAACACCACAUACGGUCCCUUUGGCGGCGGCGGCGAUGUUGGGUCUCUGCUUGGCGGCCCAUGGGGGACCGGUGCCACUGGCGGAGUCGACUCGGAUAGCAGUGAUGAUGAAAUGACACACAGAUCCACUGCCGCAGGAAAUGUUGGUAUGACGCCGACGUCUGCAGUUCCAGCUGGUGGCCUUGUAUCUGGUGGGCAGGGACAUGGCGUCGAUGCUACACCAAACGUGGGCAAGAUCAAAGACCGCAAAGCGCUUGCCGAUGCUGAUCCCCUCGGUGUGGAUUUGAAUGUCGACUUCAGCAAGGUCGGCGGUUUGCAAGGCCACAUCGAUCAACUCAAGGAGAUGGUUCAGCUUCCUCUGCUGUACCCUGAACUCUUCACGAGAUUCCAUGUUACGCCGCCCCGUGGUGUCUUGUUCCAUGGUCCACCAGGUACCGGUAAAACGCUGCUUGCUCGUGCUCUAGCCAACUCGGUUGGCUCUGGCGGCAAGAAGAUCUCAUUCUACAUGCGCAAGGGUGCUGAUGCGCUUAGCAAAUGGGUUGGCGAGGCUGAAAAGCAACUUCGCCUGCUCUUUGAAGAAGCGAGGAAGACCCAGCCCAGUAUCAUCUUUUUUGAUGAGAUUGAUGGACUGGCGCCGGUCAGAUCGAGCAAGCAAGAACAAAUCCAUGCUUCUAUUGUCUCGACCCUCUUGGCCCUGAUGGAUGGCAUGGAUGGACGUGGACAAGUCAUCGUCAUCGGUGCUACCAACCGACCAGAUAACAUUGACCCUGCUCUUCGACGACCCGGACGAUUUGAUAGAGAAUUCUACUUUCCUCUUCCCGACCUCGAGGGCCGUCGGUCCAUCCUUAACAUCCAUACGCAAGACUGGGGCCUGUCGGAUGACUUCAUGCGAUCACUGGCUGAGAACACCAAGGGCUAUGGCGGUGCUGAUUUGAGAGCUCUCUGUACUGAAGCGUCACUCAACGCCAUUCAACGAACAUACCCACAGAUUUAUUCUUCUACAGAGAAACUGCUUGUCGAUCCUGCCAAAAUCUCGGUCCAUGCUUCUGAUUUCAUGAUCUCCAUCAAGAAGCUGAUACCUUCGUCCGAGCGUUCUGCGACAUCAGGAGCACGCCCUCUUCCAAACUCUAUUGCGCCUCUGCUCCGUGAACAGUUCGACGAGGCCAAGCGGGCUCUUGAUCUGCUCUUGCCUCGGAGAAAGAAGACGACCGCGUUGGAAGAGGCCAUGUAUGAGCAGUUCGAGGACGAAGAUCAUGGAUUUGGACGUGAGACACUGAACCAAGAGUUUGAACGCUCUCGAGUCUUCCGGCCCAGAUUUCUCAUCUCAGGGAUUCACGUACAGAAUUUUGACCUUCCCGCCCUCCUCAAUGACGGACGAGCAAUGGAGCAAGUCAUUGUUGGCCUCUUCACUGAAGUAAGGCGCCACAAGCCGAGUGUGAUCUAUAUUCCAAACAUUGACGCCUGGUACACGGUGCUGGCUGGAACGCUGGCGCUGGUCACCUUCCGUACCAUGUUGAGGUCUAUCGCCCCGACGGACCCCGUACUCCUCUUGGCCACCGCAGAUUGCGAAAAGAAAGAUCUCUCACAAGAGAUGGUUCGUGACUUUUUCGGCUACUCUCGCAAAAACCAAAUGCAGAUAACGAGACCGAACAAGGCCAACCGUAUGGAGUAUUUUUCGAAAACGUUGGAUUAUGUGAAGCUGCAACCUCGUGCCUUCCCAGAUCUUGACAACCGCAAGAAGAGAGUUCUCGAGGAGCUCCCAGUAGCUCCUCCGGCACCUGUCAAGCCACCGACUAAAGAAGAGACGAAGGCUCUGAAGAAGAAAGAUCACCAGCUCCUGAAUGCUCUCAAGAUCCAACUACAGCCCAUCAUGGAUCAGAUCAACCGCAGGUACAAGAAGUUCAGACAGCCAGUUCUUCAACAGAACCUGAUUGAGUACUUGUUCCUGGAGGCAGAUCCGAACUAUGUACGACCUGAUUUGACAGAAGGGGAGAACAGGCCCUUCGAAAUUGUCAAGGACAAGCAUGGAAAUGACGUGCUGAUGCACGUCGAGUCUGGCAAGUAUUAUUACAAUCUCGAGACCACAACCAUCGAGGAGCGCCUGUCGAACGGGUUCUAUGCUCGCCCCAAGGACUUCUUGUUCGACAUCAAGGCUCUGGCAAAGGAUGCCAAGAACAUUGGCGAUAAGGAGCGCACUCUCAAGGCCAACGAGUUGCUCAGCAACGUCGAGGUAGAUGUAGCGAGCAUCGAAGCCAGCACAGCCCAUAUUGAUUGGGAAGCACUCUACCAGCGCCAGCAGCAGCGAGCCAAGGAGGCAGCAGAGAAGGAGCGAAAGCGAAAGGCCAUGCAAUCUGUAUUGGAACGAGUCCAGUCGGAUCUUGGCGGAGGCAAUGACAGCGACUCGCAGGGCCCUCUCACCCUUGGAGAACCAGUGCCGGGGGCUCGCACCAUGGCCCGCUUCCAGAUACGAAGCCCCUUAUCCAACGGACAUGGCGAAGCUGGCCAAAAUGGGCAUCCGCUUAGCAAUGGUGUUCCCACUCCAAUAAAGGAGGGCGAUGUUCAGAUGAGCGGGACCGACGACGACACCCAGAAUCUGACCCAAUCCCAAACCUCUCCCAUGGCCCCGCCGCCAAGAUCCCAAGAGUUGUCUUCCUCAGCAAAUUUGGCGGCUGGGGCAACACAGGUAUCUCAACGAGCUGCAAUUACCACCCUGCCUCCUGGGGUAUCACCAUCGGCUGUAAUCAACGAGGCAUCCUCGACUAAGACGUCAGAUCCGUCGACUCAUAGGUCUUCCAACUGGAGCACGCAGAACACAAACGGAAACCAAGAGCACGAUGAUACGUUGCCGGACACUGAGAUUUGGCCUCAUACUCAAGCUAGGGGACCGGCUCUCGACGACAGCUCAUCCGCCUCGCUCAUAAGCCGCCCAUCGCUCGAUUCGCAAACUCACAAGAGCCCGGGAGGUGUGAAGUCGGUGAUAAGCUUGCCGUCUCAUGAUUCAAGCUCGGCGGGGGAUGCGGUUCGCAACUCGGGGUCGUCUUCUCAACCGUUGCAAGUGGAGGGGCAAAUUGAAGAACUUUUGCACAGAGUGGCAGAAUUCACCUCGGGCUGUACAAUUGAGCAACUGGAGCAAGUCAACCGUGAGAUGAUGGACGAGAUAUGGCGAAGCAGACACGAGUGGAAUCGAGUCAAGGUGCUCGGGAACGUGUCAGCAGUGUUCAACGAAGUGAUGAGCGACAUUGAAAACAUGCAGGGCGUGGAUCCACUGAGUCAGCGAGAGGACAUGGACGUGUAG